UGCUUCCUCCGUUGAACACACGCGAUUAGUUAACAGUUAACACAUAUGAGAUAUUUAUAGACGUAUAGAUAUAAGGAGAGAAGUCGACAGAAAUUAGGUCUAGAAACUUCGCCUCGCCGGGAGAGAAACAAUGGGGCGGAGGAAGCUCGAAAUAAAGCGGAUCGAAGAUAAGAGUAGCAGGCUAGUGACGUUUUCGAAGCGGAGAACAGGUUUAAUUGAGAAAGCACGACAGCUUUCCGGGCUCUGCGACGUCGAUGUCGCCGUCAUCGUAUUCUCCGCCCGCGGCAAGCUAUAUGAAUUCUGCAACGGCCGUACUGCUAACAGUGUGGAGCAUAUUCUUGCUAGGUAUGAAGCAGAAAACAGAAGCAUGAAAGUAGAUGGCCAAGAUUCAGAACUUCCAUUGAAGUGCACAAAAUUCAAAACAUGUAAAGAGCUUCUACAAAUGGUGGACAGGCUUGUUGAAGAGAAUAAUAGUAAUAAUGAGGAGCUCUCUGUGGUUGAGAUGACACAACUUGAAGAAGAACUUGAUACUGCUCUUAUGCAAACAAGGUCAAGAAAGACACAGUUGAUGAUGGAGUAUGUAUCCACCCUCCAACAACAGGAGAAGGAUUUAAUCAAAGAAAAGGAAGAAAUCAUACAACAGAAUGCAUCAGCGGAGAAUGUGUUUGGGAUUGGGGGUGGAGGUGGAGGUAGAGGUCGGAACGACGACCUUUCAGUUAACCAGAUGGAUUCGCCGCAACAUCUGACUCUCCCUCUUUUUAUUACCUAAUCCCUAACCUCUUCAAUUUCAAUUUCAUCCCUGCAACUGCAAAUCAGAUUCAGAUGUUUAUAAUGGGAAAUAGUAUAACAUAAGCCGAUGGCAAUAAUAAUCCGAUGAACGGAUGAAAUAUGUUUGGAUUGUGUUUGUGUGUGACUACCAGAUACGUAGGUAUCUCUGUAAACCGUGAUCCAAUGCUUCAUGGUCAAGUUGAUUUAUUUUUUUUUUU